CGGGGUUGGAGAAAUUGGGAUUCCACUGUAUUCACGCUUCAAAACAGUACAAAGUUCAUAAAUAAUCUUAGUGCGUUGUAACAUCAGAACUUUAACUAUCGAUGGACCACAGGCCACUUAUCCUUUGCUGAUGAAUAGCGAAAAGUGUCACCUUACUCGCUUUGAAUUUCAAACCCCGAGUCUCUAUUGGCUUUUGUAUUGUUUCGAGAUUGGUCGAGAAUGUAAAGAUUCCUGUUACCCCGCUGUUGUUCGAAAACAAAGUGAUUAAAUGCAAAUACCUAAUACAGUGUCACCAGUCUGUGGUGUCAUCUGGAAGACAGGUUAAGGAGCUGAAGUGAUUCUUGGGUUAAAAAAAUUGCAGAUUCAAAAAAAAAAAACAAAUGGCAUCCUUGUAUUUGAGAAUGUUCUGCCUUGUUUACGGAACGGUGGUGUUGUCAGACGCUCGCAGAACAGCGAUAAAAGAGGAGGAGUGGGCUCGACCAAACCAUCGAGUGCAAGGCAAAGCAGUCGGAGAUGAUUUCUGGUGCCCAACUUGUGAAACGACUUCCCAGGAAUCGUGCGAUACUAACUUGGCCAACACAACGUGCCCUAAAGCUGAUUUCUGCAUGACGCUGUGGAAUAAAAACGUUUUUACGCGUAAAUGCAUCAACAGACAGAUGCGUAAACUGUUGACUGAAGAUUGCAAAAGUGUGGGCUACAUGGAAUGGGAUUGCAAACGAGGGAAGAAAAGAUACCGCUUGUCCUUAUGCAACCAACCAGGAUGCAAAGCCAAGGUGAGCGAAUUUCCAAGAGGACAGCCAGAGGUAGAAAAACCAACGAAAAACGAUUUCUGGUGUCCUACAUGUCAGAGUACUUCACAAGAGUCAUGCGAGGUCACUUUGGCCAACACGACAUGCCCAAAAGCGGACUUUUGCAUAGCAUUGUGGGACCAAAACGUUUUUGCUCGGAAAUGCGUAAACAGAAAGAUGCUUGAACUGAUGACCAAAAACUGCAAGAACAUCAGCUCCACUGAGUGGUACUGCAAUAGAAAGCGAAAGUAUCACGUGACAGCUUGUAGCCAAUCAGGCUGCAUAGCUAAAGUAUCGCGCAAGAACGUCCCCACGGAGAAUCCUUUUCAGUGUCCCACCUGUCCCAUCUGUAAAUCCCCCAGGGAAUGCAACCACAAGAUGACAAUGACCAAAUGCCCCACAGCUACCCGUUGUAUGGUGCUGCGCUUUAAUGGUACUAUUGAUACCGAGGACAUAUUUACGAGGAAAUGUAUAAAUGAAAAGAUGUUUUUAAUGAUCCAGAGAGCAUGCACAUACAAGCAAGGAUGUGAAGUGACCUCAUGCUCCCAGUCUGGAUGCAUAGCUACGCUGUAGUGUUGACAUUGUCACUGCUUUCGCUGGUUGUUUUGUUGCCCAACAAUGUUAUCGUUAAGCUACCCUUUGAAACUUUUGUUACUAUGGUGGGGUUUAGUCUUUUUUAGCUCUCUACAAUUGGUUUUUUGAGUCGAUUUUUGACAUGUUUUUCCACCUUAAAACUGAUAGCUCAACCGUGAAGGGAAGAUAGAAAUUAGCAAAGCUUUGAACGUUAAUUUUAGUGAAACAAUGAGUUUUGGCUAACCGGUCGAGGCAGAGAAAAUUAUUGUAAAACAAGAUUCUUCAACUGUGUGCAACAUAAAGCCAUUUGAUGACAACCUACUUAUAUGUUAUCUGCAGUUAUACAAAAUAAACAAGUAUCUUAUCGGA